CACACACACAUCCUGUUGGAGUGUUGGUGGUGGGCGUGGCCCUCUCCUCCACCAGAGACACAGACCCUUUCUUCUUCUUCUUCUUCUUCUUCUUCUUCCUCCUCCUCCUCCGCUUUUCCCCUCCUCCGUCGUCCCCGAGCCGCAGCCGGCAGAUAUUUCUCCCCGACCGAUCCGAACCCCGCUCGCUGCCCCCGUGCUCCGCGGAGACCCGAUUCCCCCCCGCAAAAUCCGCCCUUUUCCCAUCUUCUUCCUCUUUUUGAUUCGGAGAUCUCCGCCUCUUUCUUUCUUUCUUUCUUCCUUCCUUCCCCGGCCGAGUGAGUGAGUGAGUGAGCAUGGCCGCCUAGCUCACCAGGGCAGCGAUGAGGAGGGCCGGCGGCGGCGGCGGCGGCGGCAGCGGGGAGGACAAGGUCAUGGGCCCGCUCUUCCCCAGGCUGCACGUCAACGACACCACCCUCAAGGGCGGCGGCCCGCGCGCGCCGCCCCGCAACAAGAUGGCCCUCUACGAGCAGUUCAGCGUCCCCUCCCAGCGCUUCGCCGCCAACACCGCCCCAGCCGCCCACCGACCCGCCGCCAGCUUCGCCGCCGUCUCCUCCGCCUCCGCCGGACAGAUUGGUGGGAUCGACAGACCUCUCUUUCCAUCAUUUUGCGUGCCUUCAAACGAACCCGUGCCUUUGCCACAACACAUCAAUACCAACUCAAGUGGGCAUGCUACCUCUGGGAGGCUUUCCACACAGCUUAAGAGCAAGGAUGCCUAUGCUGCCGGAUCGACUGCUGAGUGUACUAGUUCACACGGCAGAGACAACAACGCCAAGAAUUCUUCUGGGAACAAGUUGACUAACGAUGAUGAUUUUACGGUUCCUUCCGUCUUCUGCUCUGGAGUGCGUCCUCGUUCUAACCAUGAGGAAGCGAGGAUCCAAGAGAAUUCCACACACUUACCAGCUACAAGUCCAUAUAAGAGUGGGCCUACGGUGUCCAAACCAACUGCAAAAUUUCCCAACACCGACAAGAGGUACCUGGAAGGAAGGAACCCGUCGGACACGAGAUCAAGGGACUCUCCAAAUAUUAUUAGGGACAAAGCACCAGCAAACACAACGACAAACUUUUUGGAAGCUGAAGAGAGGACUUCAUCGUUUCAAUUUUCUGCAGACAAGACAAUGGGUAAAAGAGACGACAAAGGGUCUUCGUAUAGGGACAAGCCGAGCAGUAUAAAUGUUUCUGAUAAGCAACAAUCCCGAAACGAGGGGCACCAGGCUAGAACAAGGAAUGAGAAUGCUGCCGAGUCUCAGAAUGCUCCAAAGGCUGGAAAUGGGCCAUACUCUACUGACAUUGCAUGCAAUGGCGCUUCUAAUCUGUCAGAGAAAGGCCUAAGAGAGACUGGUGAGAAGAGAAAAAGAUCAACCGGACAUCACGAUGUGCAGAGGGAUGAUUCCUCGGAUUCCUCUGUGGAAUCUCUGCCAGAACUGGAGAUCUCUCCAGAUGAUGUUGUCGGUGCUAUUGGUCCAAAGCAUUUCUGGAAAGCAAGAAGAGCUAUCGUCAAUCAGCAGCGGGUUUUUGCUGUCCAAGUGUUUGAGCUGCAUCGACUGAUCAAAGUGCAGAAAUUGAUUGCAGCAUCCCCACACCUACUUAUUGAAGGAGAUCCAUGCCUUGGCAGUGCCCUGGUGACAAGCAAGAAGAAGACAGCUGCAGCCAAUGUGGAAAAGCAGCUUCUGUCAGCUAAAAGCAAAGAUGACGAUGAUGCACAGCUUACCCUGCAGCAGGUGGAGUACUCGAAAGAUAACACCGAAGGAAACCAGGCUUCACCAUCUCAAGACAAUGAUCUAGUCGAGGUCCGGCAUGAGAACCAAGCUGCAUCAAACGGUGCGGUUAGCAGUAACCCUCCUGCUAUGCCUGCUCCUACCGACAACAAGCAGAACAACUGGUGUGCUCCUCCGCCUCAGAAUCAGUGGCUCGUUCCCGUUAUGUCUCCGUCGGAAGGGCUCGUCUACAAACCAUACACAGGGCCGUGCCCCCCUGCAGGAAGCUUCUUGGCCCCGUUUUAUGCAAGCUGUGCUCCCCUGAGCCUGCCAUCUACAGCUGGGGAAUUCAUGAAUUCUCCAUACGGCAUCCCUAUGCCUCACCAGCCGCAGCACAUGGGCGUCGGCGGCCCUCCAGCCAUGCCUCCGAUGUACUUCCCGCCUUUCAGCGUGCCGGUGAUGAACCCGGUGGUCUCGUCCUCCGCAGUGGAGCAGGUGAGCCGCGUAGCCGCAGCGCGACCCAACACUCACCUCGAGCACCACUCGAGGAGCUCGUGCAACAUGAGGAACGAGGCCGUGUCGGUCGGCGGCGUCUGGAGGUUCCACUCGUCCCGCGGCAGCAAGCUGCAAGGGAGCAGCGCCGCCAGCAGCCCUUUUGACAGGCAGCAGGGCCAGGGCGAGGCGAGGGGCCAUGCAGCGGCCGCGCCUGCGGCGCCCCCGCCUACGUCGUCGUCGGCCGGGAACGGGAACGGGAACGCGGCCCAGCAGCCCCAGGUCUCCUCGGGCAGUCAGGAGAACCCGGUGGCGGCGGCAGCAGCGGCCCGUGUGAUCCGGGUGGUACCGCACACGGCACGCACCGCGUCGGAGUCGGCGGCGCGCAUCUUUCGGUCGAUCCAGAUGGAGAGGCAGCAGAACGGCCCGUGACCGAGCGACCAUCGGCAUGCGGUGGUUGGCCGGCAGAAAGAAAGAAAGGAAGCUUAGCCAAUUAGCGCUUCAGAGUAUGCUGUUAUUUUUGAGCAGGCAGGCAGCAAGCAAUAGCAUUCCUAUAUAUAAUUUGUCUCUUGGCGUCGGUAAAAGUGGAUUUUUGGCGACUGUAAAUAUGCAAAGCAAAGCAGGACUUGUAUGAAUGCCAGAAUGCUGGUUGGGCAAAGCAAAGCAGGACUUGUAUCUAUCUAUCUUAUUUAUCUAUGCCAGAAUGAGAAUUGUAACUGUUACUGUUAGGUGUAUGUCUCGGGCAAAAAGAAGUGAAACCUGGGAUUGAUAGCUCUAAUGUAUUACUUAUUAUCUAUGUGCAGCCAUGUUUCCUGCUGAUAUAUAAAUGGCAUGUUAUCUUUUUU